AUGGCAUCGCUUCAAUCUAGUUUGACAGGGAACGAAGUGGCAGCUAACAAGACUGAAGUGGCGUCACUGCCCCUACACCCACCCGCCACCACUGUCCUCCCACCCUCUCCUCCGCCUGCCACGUCAUCGUCUCCGUUUGGCGCCGACAUGUUUUUGAAACUGGCGGCCCAUCCGUCCACGGCCCACCUCGUGACGCUGCCGGACCUGGUCCUGGUCUUGCUGGACCUGCAGCACAACCCCAGCCAACUCUUCAUGCACGUAGGAGACAUCCGCGUCACGCAAGCGCUCCAGGUCCUCGGUACGCCUUUGCCCGAAGAAACGGUUUCGAACGCGUUCGGAACGACCAUGAUCCAGACUCUGGCGACCAACGCUGCCACAUGCGGCCUCGUGUGCGACGCCAAGGGCCUCCAGAACCUCAUUGCUAUUCAGCAGAAUCCGCUGACAGUCAACCAAUACAUGACCGACCCACGCAUCGCCCAGGCACUGACUGUGCUUUUCCAGACGUCUUCUACCCCUCUACAGAACAGCUCAGCACCAACUGAACCAGCUGUGGCCUCCUCCAACGUAGUAGUAGAACCAUCCAACGACAACCUGCCCGCCAUCACAACCCUCAGCCAACUCACGGCCCAGUUGCGUUCGGAUCCGUUAAAGCAGUGGCCACUCACUGGCAAGUACUUGGUGUGCGGCCAAGUGUUGGGGGAGAGCAACCACUGCGUGUUCAAAGCCAUCAAUAAGAAGCGGCCGAGCGACGAUCUGGUGGUGAAACUGACGCAGCAGGACAAGGAGGACGUGGUCAAGCUCAGUCAGCGGGUGGUCGUGUGCGAGGAGUGGGGGGCCGUGGACGUGCUGGGGUUCCAGUGCCAGGCGUUAAUCAUGGAGAAGGGCCAGUACAGCGUCGGCGACCAGCUGCGGCACCUCCAGGGGCACCAGUACCCCCGGUACCGCUGCCUUGAAGACAUCCUCGACGCCGUCGUGACGCUGCACCAGCUUCAGUACGUCCACUGCGACCUCAAGCCCGAAAACGUUGUCUUUUUCGGCGAUUCGGACGGGUACAAACUGGUGGACUUCGACAACGCCAGGCCAGCCCGGACUCCUUUGACGAAGAACUGCACCGAGCAGUACUGCCCGCCCGAGAUGGCCCACUUCAUGCUCGGGCACACGACAGACCCGCCCGUCGCGACGACAAAAUACGACGUCUGGUGCACCGCGGUAUUGGUGCUCAAGCUGUUUUCCAAGCCGGGGGCUAGUUUGAUCGAGUUCAACGACGGGGUGCCGCUGCUGGACACCAUUGCGUCCCCCAUGUUCUCGUUCGCAGAGAGCGUUAGCCUGACGCAGCUGAGCUCGGACAGACAGAAGUCUCUGCUCAAGUGUCUGCACAUCGACCCGAAACAGAGGGGGUCGCUGCAGGACCUCGUGGAUUUGCUUCCGGACACGUCCACGAAGAAGGGCGGCAUGACCCGAAUGUGCAACAAACUGGAAGAGUUGACGGUCAAAGUCGAGAACAACUUGAGCAUCAGCACGGAGACGCUCCAUGUGUCGAAAGCCACCUAUGCCAAGGUGGUCGACAUGAAGAGGGACCUCAUGAAGGGCAUGUUCGAAGCCACCGAAGUGACCGUUCCCACGUCGUUUAUCAUUCUGCCCUUCAAUAUCCAAACCCAACCAAAGCUAACCAGUCAACCAAAAGACUUGGCCGAACAAGCCACGGGCUUCUUCCACAGACUCCAAACCGUGGGCUCCACCAUCCUCAAGGCCAUCCAAGACAACAAUCCGCUGAGUGCCACCAAAGCCGCACUAGACGCGUUCUCCAAGGGCCAGCCCAUGUACUUUUACCUGCUGGACGACGUCACGGGGUUGCCGGUCGAAGACGAGACGGGGGUCUAUCCGAUUCAGAUCACCACCACGACAGACCAGUACACCAAGUUCAUGGCCACCAACAUGCCGUUGUUCCAGCGCGGCUUGAAACUGCUCCAAAUGGCCAACUCGGCCGCGGGUUUCUUCAAGGCGCUGGGGAUUCCGAGCUUGGGAGAGGCUACCAUGGCGAAUAUCGAGGGGCUGCUGGAAGUGCCCGGGAGCUCCGUCUCGGACUUCAACGUCGUGCAAAGAGCCCUGGACGACAAGACCGAGGUCAAGGCGCCGAGGGGGCCUGCGCUUCGGGAACUGGAGAGGUUCUUCCACGACAAAGACGAAGCGAAGUCCUUUGCAGGGCUCUCUAGAGUGCCGACAGACUCGGGGUUGGCCACGUGGACCCGGUUGUAG